AGGCUUGGCAUUAAGGCUUGGUUAAGGGUGCUUUGGGUGGUGACCUCAGACUCUGAGAGAGCGUGAAGCUGGACACACACUAUGGAUACCAAGGGCUCUACAGUAACUAUUUCUUCUUCGACCCCACCUCAAAAUUGCUCUGGGAAUACAAAUUUUAGGACUAACUCUUCUAACAAGAGCUGUUGUCAUGAUGGUCCGUCAACUGGCCAUGCUCUACAAACUCCCCAGGGGCAGGGCUGUCGCCCCAGCCCUUGCCUUUAUCGCUGCCCUAACUACUUGAUAAGAACCUACAGCUUCCAUCCCUAUCUGGAUGACUGCAGCUGGUGCGCUGAAGGCAUUAACAGUCAUGAGAAAGAGACCAUGCAGAUUUUGAACGAACGCCUUGCAAACUAUCUGGAAAAGGUGCGGCUGCUGGAAAGAGAAAAUGUAGACCUAGAGGGUAAAAUCCAGGAGGAGUGCAGCAAGGCACUCCCCAUCCUGUGUCCUCACUACCUGUCCUACUACACCACCAUCGAGGAGCUGCAGAAGAAGAUCUUGUGUGCCAAGGCUGAAAAUUCCAGACUGGUCUCACAAAUUGACAACACCAAACUGGCUGCAGAUGACUUGAGAGCCAACUAUGAAGCCGAGUUGUCCCUACGACAGCUGGUGGAAGCCGAUGCCAGUGGCCUGAAGCAGAUCCUCAGUGCACUGACUCUGAGCAAGGCUGACCUGGAGGCACAAGUCCAGUCUCUGACAGAGGAACUUCUGUGCCUCAAAACGAACCAUGAGGAGGAAGUUAAUUCCUUACAGCGCCAACUUGGGGAAAGAAUCAACAUUGAAGUAACGGCUACCCCUUCUGUUGACCUAAAUCAAAUCCUACAAGAAAUGAGAUGCCAGUACGAGUCCAUCAUGGAGACAAACCGUAAAGACGUAGAAGAAUGGUUCAAUACACAGAUGGAGGAACUGAAUCACCAAGUAGUGAGCAGCUCUCAGCAGCAGCAGUGCUGCCAGAAGGACAUCAUAGAGCUGAGACGGACCAUAAGUGCCCUCGAGGUUGAGCUCCAGGCCCAGCACCGAAUGAGAGAUUCCCAGGAAUGCAUCCUGACAGAGACGGAGGCCCGCUACACAGCCCUGCUGACCCAAAGCCAGAGUCUGAUCCAUAACCUGGAGGCUCAGGUGGCAGACAUCCGAGGUGCCCUGCAAAGACAGAAUCAGGAAUAUGAAGUUCUGCUAGACAUCAAGUCCCGGCUGGAGUGUGAGAUAGCCACCUACCGCAACCUUCUGGAGAGCUUGGACGGCAGGCUUCCCUGUAACCCAUGUGCCACUAAAUGGGAGCCAUCAUGUCAGGCCAGAACUAUGGAGUGUUUCAUCCCAGUUUACACAUCUUCAUCAUUCCCUGGGGUUCACAAGCCCUGCCGUGCCUCUGAACCCCCAUCUCGGAUACUGGUUAAGAUAUGCACCAUCACCCAGGAGAUCAAGGAUGGAAAGGUCAUUUCUUCUCACGAGCAUGUGCAGCCUUGCUACAUCACCAGACCUGCCAAAGUCUAGCAUCCCAAGGUGAUAAGAAUGACCUCCAUUCAUGAAAGAGAGGCCAGUGCAUGCUCCUGCCAGAAAGGCUUAAGAAACCCCCAGUCCCUUAAGGUACCUAGUUUCUUACUACUACAGUGGGGCCCCAUCUUUUGUUCUCCUUUUUCCCUAAGUCACUGCUACCAAUAUGAUAAUAAGUCACAUUUCUCUGGAUGGACAUUUUGUACUGUCGCAGGGAUGGGAACUGACUAGCUAGUGCCUACACUGCUUGCCUAGCCAGGUGAUGGACAGGCAGGUUUUCCUUUUGUUUAUUCAAGCCUUGUUUAUCUCUGUACCUCUGUAGAACCAGUCAGACAAGUUCUGGGGUUGGUUUUGGCAGUUGGCACGUGAACAUAAAAAGCCACAGCCUUGCCUUCUGAAUUCCUUCUUUGGAUACAGAAUGAAGCCGACACAGGAACAGAAUAAAUAAGGAAGACCCAGAUGACUAGUCUCCAGAAAUGAAACAAUGGCAUGCCUGGAUCCGGCUGACCUUUGUCACCUCAACCAAUCGAUUCUCUCACUAGUAUAUUUUCCCGUCAUCAAGACAUAAUUGGGGGGGAGGCUUUCUGCAUACUCUAAAUUCUUUCCCCACUCUGAUUUUCAUGUUUUAUUUUCAGGCUGGGUUUUACUAAAUAGCCAAAGCUGACCUUGAACUCACUGUACCCCAGUUGGGACUUAAACCUGUGAUCCCCUGCCUCAUCCUCCUAAGUGUCUGGGAGUGUAGGCCUACUGGGGCCAUCACAUAUGGCAGAUAUCCACAGUCUGAAACUUCAGGAACCACAAGGCUCUUCUCCAAAUAUUUCUUUUAAGAAUGAAAAUUAGUUAUGUGGGAUGUAUCCAAGGGUCUCUCUUUAGAGUCAUGUUGAAGCAAUAACCUGGGUCCUCUCAUUAAAUGUUGGCUAUUUCUCUUUCUAUCCCUUAGGGGAGAACUUGAUAUCUUUUUUUGGCAAGGGGCAUAGAGCUGGAUUUCUCAAGACAUAAGACCCGAUGUUUAACAAGAACAAAAUAGCUGAGAUUCCUGCUUCAAUCCUUCCAUCAGAGAGAUGGAAUUAAGAGCCCAAACUUUCCAAAAGAGCGUUAGUGAGUAAUUUCUGCUUGCUAGCAAGAGGCUACUCCAAAUGCCAGCAGCCACCAUUCUGCACCAGCCAGUAUCAACUUUUUCAGAGCAGGAAAGUCAUUCUUUGAAAAAAAAAUUAUUGGACCUCUUCAGAGGUGUCAGCUUAAAAAAAAAAAAAAAAUCUAAGUCAAACACAAAUUAUAGAGUUCCAAAACCUGAUUCUUAAACUUGCCAAUUUCCUACCAUGUGUCUACAUAAAAUGUGCAGCCUUCCUCAGACUGAUGCCCUUAUUUGCUCACUGAGGGUCACACAUAUUUCAAAGGGCUGUUGUGGAGAGCACCUGAAACCCAAUCUGUUCCUGAUCCUUGUGCAUGUUUUGCCAUUAGCUAAUUAGCUAGACCUAAUUUUCUUUUAUCAUUACUUCAUUUUAAAAUUCUUUCUCUGUAAAUUUAGUUCUCCAAUCACGAUGUGGAAGUUUUUAAGAGUGCUCAGCGCUGAGGAGGAACAAAAAUAGAACAUCUUCUGUGAUUAUACUCAUGAUUAUACUAAAUAAAGCAUUUCUAAAUUCUUA